CGCUGUUGUGGCUGCAAGGCAACUCAGUCGGUCAGUGAGCCAGUCCUCUUCUCUCUUCAACCGCGAUUCACAGCCUGAGGUUAACCCCACGAGUCUUUUCAACUUACCCACCAACUACUGCCGGUGUCCCUUGAGCAAGCUGCACCCCUUUACUACACCUUUACUCCCGCAGGUGCUGCAGCAGCAGCAAAUAGAAAAUACCAGAGGAGCCACCAGUGGAACGAGACGGUGGUGAAUGUCGACAGGAUGUCCAGCCAGAUGACCGUUUCUAUGUGAAUGGAUUAGGUGAGUUGUGACCAUGCGCUGCCUGGCUGCUCGGGUGAACUACAAGACCCUCAUCGUUAUCUGCGCCCUCUUCACACUCAUCACUGUGUUACUGUGGAACCGCUGCUCCAGCGACACCGCCCUUCACUUCCUGCCCCGCGCUGCCUUCGUGGCUCCAAGUCCCAGGGUGGGAGAUGCUAGCAUCAGCAGCCAGCAACACCCUCCGCAGCCUCCAGAACCCCCACCUGUCGUCGGUGUUGUCAAUGGGAUCAAGUACGAAGAAAUCGACUGCCUGAUCAACGAUGAAUCUACAAUCAAAGGCCGGCGGGAGGGUGCAGAGGUCUACCUGCCCUUCAGUUGGAUGGAGAAGUACUUUGAGGUGUACGGCAAAGUAGUGCAAUAUGACGGCUACGAUCGUUUUGAGUUCCAGCACAGCUACUCGAAGGUGUACACACAGCGUGAGCCCUAUCAUCCCGAUGGGGUCUUCAUGUCCUUUGAGGGAUACAACGUGGAGGUCCGCGACCGUGUCAAGUGUAUAAGUGGAGUAGAAGGUGUGCCUCUGUCCACUCAGUGGGGUCCUCAAGGCUACUUCUACGCCAUCCAGAUCGCCCAGUACGGCUUAAGCCAUUACAGCAAAAACCUGACUGAGCGCCCGCCCCACGUGGAGAUCUACGAUACAGCUGAGGAGAGAGAUAGCCGAGCCAGCACAGCACCCUGGAGUGUGCCGAAAGGUUGCAGUCUCAGCCGCAUCUACGACAAGACCCGCACCACCUCCGUGCGUCAGUUCAGUGCUCCAGAGUCUUCAGACGGCGUGUCCCUGCAGCUGGGUAACUCCAAAGACUUCAUCCUCAGCUUGGACAUCAAGUUCGUCACCAACGGCAGUGUAACUGUGAUCCUGGAGACCACAGAGAAAGGGCCGCCCUUCACCAUCCACUACGUGACCAGCUCACAGCUCAUUGCCUUCAAAGAUCGGGAAAUCACCUACGGCGUCGGGCCGCGAACCGCUUGGAGCACUCUGACCCGCGACCUACUCACCGACCUCAGGAAGGGUGUCGGACUGUCCAACACCAAGGCUGUGAAGGCCACGAAGAUCAUGCCCAGGCGGGUGGUGCGAUUAGUCCUACAUGGACGUGGCUUUGUUGACAACGUCACUAUCUCCACCACCGCCCACAUGGCCGCCUUCUAUGCUGCCAGCGACUGGCUGCUGCGCAACCAGGACGAACAUGGCGGCUGGCCCAUCAUGGUCACACGUAAACUGGGGGAAGGCUUCCGGCCUCUGGAGCCCGGCUGGUACUCGGCCAUGGCCCAGGGCCAGGCCAUGUCCACCCUGGUGAGAGCCUACCUCCUCACCAAGGACCAGGCUUACCUCAACGCUGCCCUCAAGGCAGUUGGACCCUACAAGGUGCCUUCAGCGCAGCACGGGGUCAAAGCUGUGUUCAUGAACAAAUACGACUGGUAUGAAGAAUACCCCACCACGCCCAGCUCCUUCGUCCUCAAUGGUUUCAUCUACUCCCUGCUGGGACUCUAUGAUUUGACUGAGACAGCUGGCGAGAAGGUUGGCAGGGAGGCCGGGCAGCUGUUCAGCCGCGGCAUGGAGUCGCUGAAGGCCAUGCUUCCGCUCUAUGACACUGGGUCUGGGAGCAUCUAUGACCUGCGCCACUACAUGCUGGGCACUGCGCCCAACCUGGCACGCUGGGACUAUCACACCACGCACAUUAACCAGCUACAGCUGCUGGCAUCCAUAGACAACGCCCCCAUCUUCAAGGAUGUGGUGAAGCGCUGGAAAAAUUACUUGAAAGGGAUUCGGGCCAAGCACAACUAGACAAACCGUCUAGUUGUGCUUUGGCCUGCUAUAAUAUACAGCUGAGAUGAUGACUGCAAAGAGGCUGAGUAUAGCGUAUGUGUGAGGAUUGAAUGAAUGAUGUGAGGAGGCGGCUCACAUCUUGUGUCCCAGUUCUGUUUGAGGUUCAUAAUCUAAAGGAUGAGUUCAGUCUGCUGCAGCUCUCAACACUCAAAGUUUCUCGUGUGCUCUGUUGCAGGUUUUAUACUUUCUGCAACAUCGACUGUAGCUCUCCUCUCUUCUUUUUUCCUUGAGCUAGUGUUUGUAAUUAUGCACAGACCUAGUUUCAGAGUGUGUGUUUUUGUGUUCAGGAAGAAUGUGUGUUGUUUAAAAUAACAAUAUAUGACGUUUAGAGAAAGAUAAAACUGCUCGAAUAGUUAAAACAGAAUCACUUUUCCGGCAUUCUUUGAUGCACCCGCCACAAGUCUCUUCUGCAACUGUAUUUUUUUACCAUUUCAUCCCAGAUUAACAUAGUUUAUUGAAGCAAAUAAACUGUAAAUAACAGAAUAUAAUAUAAAUUAUUUGGAGAAGGAUGUUGGAAAGAAAACACGCUAAUCUUAUCAAUAUGAAACAUUUUGGAUUUUAUAACAGUUUUUUUUCAAAUCUCAUAGCCUUAAGAAAAUAAAAUCAGUUUCAAAUCAAUGAGUUACAGUAAUUUUAGUAGAUUGUGUUUUAAACUGUUAGAUGAGAGGUAAUAAUUUGGCCGUCAUGUCUUUACAGAACGGUUGAGCCUGACGAGCUGCUUGAAAUCAGCUGUUUGAUUUGAUGGUUAAACCAGCUCCACCACCAGAUAGUCUCCUUGAGUCCAUCCCAUAAUUCCACUGUGUUUAGCUCACACUAGCUGACCAAGAGCUCCCGCAUAAUCGUCAUGUGACUUACACUGCUACCAGGCUGCAGGUCCUAAAAUGAUCCUAAUUAAUAAUUUAUCCUGAUUGGCUGCCAGAGCUGAGGUGUUGCUAUGCUUUUUAUGCACAUCGCAGAAGGAAGCUAGAAAUACUUCAGCUUAGUUAGUAAAACACACAGCUGCCACUCCGGAGAUCCUGGGUUGUGAUCUCAGUCGAGCCAAUUAAGCACCGAGAUUGGUCGCAGCUGAUGACAAAUUAAUGUUUGCUGGAGAAAGGCAGCUGAGAUUCACUGAUCAGGGACCAUUGUCUCUCUGUUAGAGAGCGGCCGUGAUCUAGAUUGAGUCAGAUUUUCCAUCAGUCUUUUUUUCCAUCAGCCUUGAAGUGAAUCCCCCGGCGUGCGGACUUUGAAUAUGCACGUGCUUGUACAGUAAGCUUUCUGAUCCUAUAAUCAAUCAUUUUUUAUCUGCUCAGAAAAGGGGCCGCACAUGUAAAAGAGUCAGUACUGGCUAACUCACAUUUACAAUUGAAUUAAUGUCAGUUAAUAUGCACCGUCCCGGAUGGAUAAGAUGAAUACUGUAGAAAAAUCCCCUGAAGUGUCACACAGAUCAGUCAGACGAGACCCUCUGGUGAUUUUUAAAAAUGCACACAAGAUGUAACUUUGAACAUUAUCUUUUAGUAAAUCCUUAGACAUUCACUACAUAUUAAAAUCUUUAUAUCUCUGGGUUUGAACACCAUUAUUUGUAGCUACAUUUUCACGCUCCUUUCUUGACCGUUUUACUUGGAAGCUCAUCUGAGAAGGAUUUUGCCUAUAACUCAUGUUUCCAGAUGAUUAUUGCAGCAUAUGAGUGUAGGUGGUGUAGAAGCCUGUGAUGUGCGUUCAGCUAGAAAUCCAUGUGGGCAGCAGCUGCAUCGCACUAGCACGUCGGUUUAUAACAUUUUAAAUAGACAAUGCCAAGAGAACUGAAGCCCGAGGUGAAUUCUUGACAAACGUAAAGAGCCUGUCGGUCCCAGAGGGCUCUCGAUUCUCCUCUCAGCUGCCGUGGGUGCAUGAACUCACCGUUUUUAAUCUGAGCGCUGCCCUGUCGACUGCUGUACGAGGAGAAGGAGGCUCGAAGAGACACCGACAACUCACCCGGCUAAUAGGCUGGAGAGCCUGAGCGCGGUAAGGCAGUCGGGGAUGAGUCAGCGUUCGCUGGCGUCACGCUCACAAACAAAACAAAGUGGAGCCCUCAGCAUCAAUGAGGCCUUCAUCGAUCUGCCUUAAAGAUUAUUAAUGGGAGGCAGAAGAAUCAGAGGAAUCGGGCAUCUCUGAAGUGCAGAGGGCGGAUUCUCUUUGAUCAUUUUCAUAAACGCUGGUGUAACCUUUUGAGGUGAAAACAUAUUCCCAGACAGUGUUCUUCCCAGCUUUCUGUUGUUGUGUGAGCUGCCAAGAAUGAAUCAAAAGAAGUGUCGGGUUCAUUUGGAUUUAACAUCUGCGAGAAACUAAAAAGAGAGACAGCAGAGUGGUCAAAUUACUUCAAGUAGCUUUCCCUGACCUUCCAGCUUCAUCUGUGACUGAAAAAAAGUAAUGAAACAUAAUGAGUAUUUUGAGCAUAAAGUCUGAAUAUUUAAAGAAUAAAGUGUGAAUAUGAGAAGGAAAAAGUUUUAAUAUUAUGGGAUUUAUGACUCUUUGGGCACAAGGAGUGACACAACGGUAAAAAUAGAUAACCAAAUACAUGAAAAUGGAAUCUAAUUUACCCAAUUAUGUAACAUUUGCUCUCAGAUGAACUAGUAAUGCAAGGACUUUAAACUGAUAAACUCACAAUAUUAUACCUACUUUCUUGAGAUAUGUCUUAAAAUUAACUGAAUUGGAUUUACAACCUCAUUCUUAAAACAUUUUGACUUUAUUCUCUAGUCUUUUCUGAAAAGUGGCCCUAAUCCUCCGUCAUGAAGGUUUAUCCUGUGGAUGGAAGGAAUUAUGUUGAUGUUGAUGAGUAUAGGUUUUGUUAAUCCCAGUUAAUCUCUGCUUGAUUUAUUCAUUUCCUGGUGAUAUUUUCUUCCCAUGAACACACACGCCAUCAUUCAUAGGCCUACAUUCAUUUCAACAGGACAAGUAGAAACAUGUAGUUUAAAUGGAAGCUGAACAUUCAGGAAAGGAAGGUGUGUGUGCGCGUGUGUGUGUGUGUGUGUAUGACUGUCUUCAUUUUGUUUAUACCAAAGUCCAUUGAUUUGAAUUUGUAUAUUUUUGUGCAAACCGGUUUCCAUUCAGCAUUUAAUGAUCUUAAGUCUCCUUGGAGAUGUCACGAAGAGACACUGCCUUUUGAGAAAUGCUACUUUUUCAAAUGUACAGUAGGUCCAAUAGAUUACUGCAAAAACAAGGUAUGUAAAACUCGCUUAUCGUAAAGGGGACGUGUGCAACUAGAGAUUAGCAUUUAGUCGGCUACUGUUUAAAAGGGAAAUGAGCCAAUAGCUGCAAAUUCUCCUUCAAAGGUUUUCUUCUUUUCUUUUUGUCUUUUUGAAGUGUGUGUUUGCAUCAUUCAUAAUUUCUUGGAAUAAUUUGCAGACGUUUCAGAUUUUUUGCUCGAUAGACAAAAGCACAAUUGCCGUUUUCGUUACAUGAUUUUUGGUCGUAUUUCUUUUCAGAUGACUUUGUUUUCGUUUCAGGACAAUGUGCAACGCCUUCAUUAAGAAAGCUGCUAUUAUUGUUCACUGUGUAAUAGAUAUAAAAGUUUCUUUCUCCUCAUUUUCUCUGUCUUUCCACUAUCUGUUUAAACUUCAACAUAUGACCACUGAGGUCAAAUGUGAUUUAUGCAAUAAAAUGUUUACUGGGAUUGAGUCACCACAGGAGACCCAGAGUGGUUGUACAGACUUUGCAAUCCAAGCACAAUGUGCAAACGCUACCAUUUUUUAGUCCAAGCAAGAGAGUUGUUUAUAUACAGAGUAAAUCUUUGUGCUUUAAAACUUGCUUUUUAAAAGUGUAAAAAAAAAUUAAAAUCAUUUUUCUUAAA